GGUGUGUGUGUGUGUCAUGGUGUGUGUGUGUGUCAUGGUGUGUGUGUCAUGGUGUGUGUGUGUGUCAUGGUGUGUGUGUGUGUCAUGGUGUGUGUGUGUGUCAUGGUGUGUGUGUGUGUCUUUGUUCCAGAUCACCAGAAACUGGAUCGAGAAGCCAGAAUCUGCAGAUUACUGAAGCACUCGAACAUUGUUCGUCUCCAUGACAGCAUCUCAGAGGAAGGCUUCCACUACCUCCUCUUUGACCUGGUGACAGGAGGAGAGCUGUUUGAGGACAUUGUGGCCAGAGAAUACUACAGUGAGGCUGAUGCCAGUCAUUGCAUCCAGCAGAUCCUGGAGGCCGUGCUCCACUGCCACCAGAUGGGGGUGGUCCACAGAGACCUCAAGGUGAGCCACAUGCUGCUGGCCAGCAAGUGUAAGAACGCAGCCGUGAAGCUCGCUGACUUUGGUCUGGCCAUCGAGGUCCAGGGAGAGCAGCAGGCCUGGUUCGGCUUUGCAGGGACUCCUGGCUACUUGUCCCCAGAGGUGCUGAGGAAGGAGGCGUACGGCAAACCUGUUGACAUCUGGGCAUGUGGGGUGAUCCUCUACAUCCUCCUGGUGGGGUAUCCUCCGUUCUGGGACGAGGACCAGCACAAACUCUACCAGCAGAUCAAAGCUGGAGCGUACGACUUUCCCUCCCCAGAGUGGGACACGGUGACUCCGGAGGCUAAAAAUCUGAUCAACCAGAUGUUGACUAUAAACCCAGCAAAGAGGAUCACAGCCCAGGAGGCUAUGAAGCACCCAUGGAUCUGUCAACGCUCCACGGUGGCCUCCAUGAUGCACCGGCAGGAGACGGUGGAGUGCCUGAAGAAGUUCAACGCCAGGAGGAAACUCAAGGGGGCCAUUUUGACCACCAUGCUGGUCUCCAGGAACUUCUCCGUGGGUCGGCAGGCCACGGCGCCGGCCUCUGUCAGCGGCGGCUUCAUGGAUCAAGCAGCCAAGAGUCUCCUCAACAAGAAGGCCGACGUCAAGCCACAGACCAACAGCACGAGCACCAACCCCAAAGGCCACGCCCCCUCUGCUGCCCUGGAGCCUCAGACGACUGUCAUCCACAAUCCAAUAGAUGGCACCAAGGGGUCGUCGGACAGCAGCAGCACGAUCGAGGACGAAGACGUGAAAGCUCGAAAGCAGGAAAUCAUAAAGAUCACCGAGCAGCUGAUCGAGGCCGUGAACAACGGAGACUUUGAGGCCUACACGAAGAUCUGCGACCCGGGUCUGACCUCCUUUGAGCCCGAGGGGCUCGGCAACCUGGUGGAGGGGAUGGACUUCCACCGGUUCUACUUCGACAACCUGCUCUCCAAGAACAGCCGGCCCAUCCACACCACCAUCCUGAACCCUCACGUGCACGUGGUCGGCGAGGAGGCGGCGUGCAUCGCCUACAUCCGCCUCACGCAGUACGUGGACGGGCAGGGCCGGCCGCGCUCCAGCCAAUCAGAGGAGACCCGGGUCUGGCACCGCCGCGAGAGCCGCUGGCAGAACGUCCACUUCCACUGCUCGGGGGCGCCCGCCACGCCGCUAGCCUAGCAUGAGGUGUCUGAGGAGGAGGAGGAGAAGAAGAAGAAGGAGGAGAAGAAGAAGAAGGAGUCCUCUCCUCCUCCUCCUCCCUGAAGACCCUCCCUCGUUACUUGCGUGUUCUUCUUCUGCUUCUAUCGUAUCCGUCGUCAUAUAUUUAUUCUUAUAGCUCAUUUAAACUUUCCUUCUCGUGUGUCGUCAUGGCGAUGCUGAUGUUGUUGCUUCUGCACGACGUGAAGCCCACGAGGAGGGUGGGUUGUGUUUGUGUGAUUUGUACCCUGAACGCACCACAACCCCUCUGUGUGUGAUGACCUCUGGCUGGUGUUUACUGCAUGACGAUGAACUCAAUAACUUGUUGUGAUGUUGAUCUGCGUUCCUUUGAUCUUCUUGUGCGCUGCAGCCUGUUCAUGUGUUUGUGUUGAUGUGAAGAGACAGAAUGUAACUUCAAAGAGAAGCAUGGACCAGCUCUUUACUGUCUGAAAGACAACAACAACAACAACAAAGGAGCAGAUUACGCUGAGGAACAAUCAGGGUCUUUAAAUUAUUCCCUUUUUUAAAUGCAGAUUGUUGCUUUGCACACACACACACACACACACACAUUCACACACACACACUCACACAUUCACACACACACACAUUCACACACACACACAUACAUUCACACAGACACAUUCACACACACACAUUCACACACACACACACACACACACACACACACACACACACACA